UCACAGUGGCACUAUGAAGCUCCACACAUACUUCAUAGUAACUUUAAUUUUGGGGUUGUUUUUUCAUCCUCAAGGUGACAGUGCAGAUCAGCAUGCUCCUGUUGUUCAAACUUCUCUGGGCAUCUUGAAAGGUGGUUAUGUGACAGUGAAAGGCAAAGAGACUGGAGCACAUGCCUUUUUAGGAGUCCCGUUUGCUAAGCCGCCUGUGGGCCCAGCUCUUAGACUUGCUCCACCUCAGCCUGUAGAAAAAUGGAGUGGAGUGAAAAAUGCAACUGAACAACCUCCCAUGUGUGUUCAGAAUAAAGCAGUGUUGGGAAACCUUGCCUCCAAACUAGGCAUUAAAGUAGAAACUCCAGACAUUUCAGAGGACUGCCUUUACCUCAACAUUUACACUCCUGCAAACAGAGAUUCUGACGCCAAGCUCCCUGUUAUGGUUUGGAUCCAUGGAGGAAGAUUUACUUCAGGUGCAGCUUCUGCAUAUGAUGGUUCUGCGUUGGCUGCGUAUGAAGAUGUGGUGGUCGUGUUGAUACAGUAUCGCUUAGGACUUCUGGGAUUUCUCAGCACUGGAGAGAAAGACAUGGCUGGAAACUUUGGUCUUUUGGAUCAGGUGGAGGCUCUGAAGUGGGUGCAGCAGCACAUCCACAAUUUUGGUGGGAACCCAGAUCAAGUCACUAUAUUUGGGGAGUCUGCUGGAGGAAUUAGUGUAUCUUAUUUGUUCCUUUCACCUUUGUCAAAUGGACUGUUCCAUGGUGGAAUUGCAGGGAGUGGCACAGCUGUAAUCUUUGAUAUUUUGCAAAAAGAUCCUCUUAUCACCGCAACGAUGGCAGCAAACAUGUCUGGCUGCAGCCUUGAAAGUCCUGAAAUUAUUGGUAACUGCAUGAAAAACGUUGAUCUACAAAAACUAGUGGCACUCACAGAGGUACAGGGACUGAAACCUAGAAUAAGAGUCGAUGGAUUUUUCUUGACCAAAUCUUUACAUGAACUGUUCCAUAAUCAUGAACAACUAAAUAUUCCUUUUAUGACUGGUAUAACAAGCAACGAAGGUGGCUGGCUUUUUUCCAAUUUUUUGGCGCCUAAGAACUGGAGAGAGGGAAUGACUCGGGAUGAAAUUAAAGGCGUACUGUCCAUCUUCUACCCCUAUGAACCUAAAGAUGUAGCUCUGAACUUGAUCAUAGAUGAAUACACAGGAAAAAGCGAGGAUCCCAAAAUACUCCGGACGGCCUUCACUGAUAUUCUUGCAGAUUUAAUUUUCAUAAUCCCUGCGCUGAUAACUGCAAAAGCUCAUACAGAGGCUGGAGCUCCUGUGUAUGUUUAUGAAUACAACUUUGUCCCUCCGAGACUGAAGAAAACAAGGCCAGAGUUUGUCGGAGCAGACCACGCAGACGAUCUCUUUACUGUGUGUGGAUUCUGCUUUACAACUACUCAUGUCAAACUAAUGGAAGAAUGCUCAAAAGAGGAGGAAAACGUCACCCGAACUGUCAUGAAAUACUGGGCAAACUUUGCUCGCACUGGGUCUCCAAACGGGGAUGGCCUGGUGCACUGGCCACAGUUUGGACAAGAGGAGAACUACCUGUUUAUUGACACAGAGCAGGUGGUCCGUCAGCAGCUGAGGAAGGAGAGAAAUGUGUUCUUGACUCAGACUCUUCCAAAGAUAUUGGAGGAGCUCAAGAAGGAAGAGCACAUGGAGUUCUAAAGCAACUGGACACAUGCAGAAAAAAUCAUUUUAAAUAACUAAAUAAAGACCAAACUAACCUUUCUGUGCAAUCAAACACUCAAUACUGUAACUUAGAUAUAAAUAAGAUUAUAAAGUUAAUAUUUUUGUUAAUCUUGUAUGUGCUGUUGUUUGUUACUGUUAUUCUAACAUUUAUGUCAAGGUUUGUAAUAUUACUUUCUUUAAAACAGUAGUCUGCUUUAUCAAAUCUUAACUGCUUCUCAAGGUAUUUCAUUUUCAUUAAGAGAAGCCAG